AUGUGUUGUUUUGUGCACGUUUUCAUGCUUGGAUUCGACGUGAUUGACGUCGUUGCACUUCUCCUCAUGGACGAACUCUAUGUGGAGUCUUUUGAGAUCAAAAAUGUGAAAACCCUUCGAGGCGAGCACUUGUCUCGUGCCAUUGGAAGAUUAUCUGGUAAAUGGGGUAAAACUAAGUUUGCAAUUAAGAACUCUACGAAGACUCGGAUUGUGAUUGUAGACACCAAAAUUCAUAUACUAAGUUCUUUUGCCAAUGUCAAAAUUGCAAGAGAUUCUCUCUGUAGCCUUAUCAUGGGGUCCCCUGCUGGCAAG